AUGGGCAGAGGACGGAGGAAGACUGGGGCGCUGGAGAGGAUGAUGGGUUCAAGGGUUCCUUUCCUGCUGGCCCUGUUCUUUGCGGCUCAUCUCCAAGGUCCAUCUGGGGCCCAGUCCAUCUCUCAGUCAGAACUAGCGGAUUUCAAGGAUCUUCUGCAGCGGAUUGAAAGUCAAGUGGCGUUGCCCAAAAAGGAAGAAAUCGAACGAAAUCUGGAUGAAGCCAACGAGGAACCAGAGGGCGAUGCCGCCCAGCUUCUCUCGUCCUGGGAUGGCGAAUACUCAAGACCCUCAAGCGACGGCACCGUUGGCCGCGUCAACUGGCAACCUCCCGAAAGAGCCCCGGCAGCAGCCAUGCGGAACAAACUGGGGGUUUUCUUCAACGCCCCCCGCAGGAUAUCCAGCUGCUUCGGACAACGGCUGGACAGAAUAGGGUCGGUGAGCGGACUUGGCUGCCACAGAAGAUAUGCUACCAGCGCACCACAGCAGAUCAAUGGGAAUUAA